AUGGUGUUCACCUCUGCCUCCUCCCCUCACACUGCAAGGCACUGUUCAUCUAUUUCACCUUUUCUAGCAGCAGUGGCGAUUACGCAUCGUAAUAGUGUUCACCUCUGCCUCCUCCCCUCACUGCAAGGCACUCUUCCCUCCCUCACACUGCAAGGCACUGUUCAUCUAUUUCACCCUCUUUCUCACACUGCAAGCACUGUGGAGAUUACGCAUCGUAAUAGUGUUCACCUCUGCCUCCCCUCCCUCACACUGCUUUCACUGUUCAUCUAUUUCACCUUUUCUAGCAGCAGUGGAGAUUACGCAUCGCACUGUUCAUCUAUUUCACCUUUUCUAGCAGCAGUGGCGAUUACGCAUCGUAAUAGUGUUCACCUCUGCCUCCCUCCCUCAUUAACUGCAAGACACUGUUCAUCUAUUUCACCUUUUCUAGCAGCAGUGUGGAGAUUACGCAUCGUAAUAGUGUUCACCUCUCCCUCCUCGCUCACACUGCAAGGCACUGUUCAUCUAUUUCACCUUUUCAGGCGAUUAGCACGCCAGUGUGGCAAGGCACUGUUCAUCGCAUCGAUUACGCACAGUGUUCACCUCUGCCUCCCUCCCUCACACUGCAAGGCACUGUUCAUCUAUUUCACCUUUUCUAGCAGCAGUGAGAUUACGCAUCGUAAUAGUGUUCACCUCUGCCUCCUCCCUACACUGCAAGGCCUGUUCAUCUAUUUCACCUUUUCUAGCAGCAGUGGCGAUUACGCAUCGUAA